AUGUUAUUUCCGGUUCUUCUGCGUCCGUCGAACACACUCGACUUGACAUUGUUUGAUGUUUCCUGUACGGUAGACGACGACAUCCGUGUGUUUCUGCGUCUCAGGGGACCCUUCACCGGAGCCAGCAUGAAUCCCGCAAGAAGCCUCGGACCUGCUGUCAUCAGCGGAUACUGGGAGCAUCAAUACGUGUAUUGGAUCGGUCCGUUGAUUGGCGGCGCUUUGGGCGGUCUAAUCUACGCCGUGCUGUUCGACGCCAAGUACUUCGAGAAAAGCGAGGACCUGACCCAGGAGACACCUAGACCCUUUGACGACGAGACUCACUUUGGCUCUCAAGGCCACUACGCUGAGGGAAAGGGCAGCAAGUCAGCCCGGUUCGAUACGGUAAUGAUGUUGACGUUCGGCUUAAAUUUGUUACGUGCUGUGACGCCGAUAUUGCGGUCUAACCCGUUGUUAUACGCACCGAAGUUCAGAACAGAUCUACUGGUGGCGUCUAGUGCGCGUGGGGUGCUCACGGCAAAAGAACAAAAGACCGUGCGGAGUACUCCUCGCCGAGUCCGCGAUCUCGAUCGGGAUUUGAGCAAAAUUAGCUUCUUCGAUACGUUUUCACCGCAAUGUCCAUCUUUUCCGGAUCCUGGACAUUACUUGGCUCGCCGUGGCUGCCACGAUAUCCUGUGGAUGAACCACAAUGGUCCCGUGAUCAAGCCGAAGUCGAAGAAAAAUCCUCUCGGAAACCAGCCUUUUGCUAAAGGAAUUGUUUUGAAAACAUUGAUUCGAAAGCCCAAGAAGCCGAAUUCGGCUAAUCGGCGUUGUGUCCUUGUGCGAUUAUCUACUGGAAAGGAGAUGUUCGCGUACGUCCCCGGGGAAGGGCACAAUCUGCAGGAGCAUAACGUUGUUCUUGUUAGAGUUGGCCGCCUGCAGGAUGUACCUGGCGUGAAACUCAAACGUGAGUUUCAUUCGGCGAUGAAAAUGCGUGUUGCUGUGAUAGGCGCGGGUGCGGCGGGACUAUGUGCUGUGAAGAAAUUGGUCAGUGUUGGACACGAUGUGAUUUGCUAUGAACGCGGAAGUGGUGUUGGUGGUACAUGGGUCUUCGAUGAGAGAAUAGGAAUUGAUGAUCAUGGCUUACCUGUUCACUCCAGCAUGUACAAAGGUCUCAGGUAA